UAGACCAUUAUAAAAAUGAUGAGCACAUGACAUGCAUGAUAGUUCAAGAGAAAAGUACAAGGAUUUCUAUGACAAAAUGCUUGUGUAUAUAGCAAGUAUCACCCUUGUUUUUUUUCUGAAAGACUCGUCGUGUUUGGAUAUCUAUGUUAAUCCAGUAAAUGGCUCCAACAGUGCAACAUGUGCAUUUUCUAACAGUGCUAGCAAUCCGUGUCAAAGCUUACAGUGGGUACUUCAACAAAAGUAUCGCAAAAAUGGAACCCUGUAUCACUUGUCUGAUUCUGGUACUCAUUUCUUGAAUUCCAGUGUAGCAACAUUCCAAGAUUUUGAUUCUAUUUCGUUUAUUGGAUAUGAGGGUGUGCCUACUGUAGAGUGUAGUGAAAACAUUGGAUUAGCUUUCGAAAGGAUGACAAAUAUCAAUUUCACAAAUGUAUCAUUUUUAAAUUGUUCAGCUAUUCGAAAAAGCACGAGCAAAAAUUAUGGUGACAAUUCCACUGGUAGACAGCAAUUCCGAGUUGCCCUUUACUUUUAUGCCUGUCAAAACAUCUCAAUGAAUGGAGUUAAUGUUAGCUAUAGCAUGAAUGCCACUGGUGUAGUGGUGUACGACACUGUUGGAGUUAACUCAUUUGUCAAUUCUAUCUUCUCAAAUAACAACGCCAGCAAUGGUGGGGGUGGUUUCUACUUAGAGUUUACUUACUGUAUUCCAGGAGACACCAGCUGUGAAAACAAUGUUACUUCUUAUACAAGCAUGAACAAAGAUUGUGUAUACACAUUCGACAAUUGUUCAUUUAUUAAGAAUCAAGCAAAUUCUACUGAUGAACUCUCUACACACUUGAUUCCAUAUCGAGCUGACCAUGUUGCAUUUGGUAGGGGAGGAGGUUUGUCGAUCUACAUGACAGGGAAUGCUACCAACAACAAAGUCUACAUAAGCAACUCUCACAUCACUGACAAUUCCGCAGUUUGGGGGGGUGGACUAUUUGUAGAGUUUGAUGAUGACACUUCAAACAACAGUGUGAUUGUAUCGAGAUCCAUAAUAGAGGGAAAUGAAUGCUACUUUGAUAUUACUUCUGGUACCGGAGGAGGAGGUAUACGUAUUGCGUACUACCUGUUUCAAAUGGAUACACAAACUAUUGGAAAUCAAGUGCUAGUAGACGACUGUAACCUUACUAACAAUGCUGCUCUGAACGGUGGAGGAAUUUCUAUAACUGUUACAGCUCAGAACAAUCAAAAGAUGGGACCUAUUGGCAUCGUAAAUACAGAGUUUGAAGCAAACAUCGCCAAACUUGGAUCUGCAUUGAACAUUGACAGAUUUUUGCCGGUGACAGAAGGUUUUAUGCUCACAGUGGUCCUCUGUGAUUGUCAAUUUAUACGCAACACAGCAGAAUACACAAAAUACCUACAAGAAAAACAGGGCUCUAUUUACAACGCUUACUCUGUUGGAAUCGGUGCAGUUUACACCAAUCAAGUACCAGUGGUUUUCAAACACAAUGUACUGUUUGACAGUAAUGUAGGAUCUGCUCUUGCUGCAGUAGGAACAUCACUGGAUUUCACAAAUUGUCGUGGUACAUUCACUAAAAACAUAGGGAGCAAUGGGGCGGCCAUUAGCCUUCUGGGAGUUGCCUACAUAAGAGUUAGUGAUAACACGAUAUUGAUAUUCUCCAAAAACAAUGCUAGAAUCAAUGGGGGAGCAAUCUAUAACCUGGAUGUCAAUAAAGAAACGCUUGCUAGCUACGAGAAUUGCUUCAUUCGACAUAUUAAUCCUUUAUUGAGUCCUAUUAAAUGGAAUUCCACGUUCAAUUUUUCUGCAAAUUUUGAUCAGGGUGGCACUCGUCCGAGUGCAAUUCACACAACAUCAAUUCUCCCUUGCACGUGGUCUGGAAGAAUUCAAAGUAGUAAUGUCACAACAGCAUUUUGCUGGAAUGCCAACUGGCACUAUUUUCCCACAUCAACAUCAUGUAAAACACAAAUACACUCUGAUGUUUCUCAAAUUGUUGUAAACUACACAUCCAAGACACAACACAAUCCUUAUGUUGUUGCUUUCCCUGGCGAAAAGUUUAAUAUGCCAAUUGUCAUGCGAGAUGACCUUUCGGAAGAUGUAGGCAAUCAGACAUUAUUCAGCAUUUCAGUUAAUUCAUACAAAAAAAAACGGACAGCACAGUAUUUCUGGGGAGGAGAUAGCAAUGUAAACUUGACGACGAGCAUAAAAAAUUAUAAUAUGGCAACCCUUUUAUUGGAUUCGAUUGGGCCUGCAUCCUGGCACGUUAACGUGUUAAUAAAGUUACUUCCUUGUCCUCCAGGAUUCACACUGCAUGGUAAUGAGUGUGUGUGCGUAGAAGGUAGCUACUCUGGAACUGUUACAUGUGGUAAGAACACCCAAAAAGCUUUUCUUAAAGAGGAUAAUUGGAUAGGAAACAUGCCCAUUCGAAACGAGACUCAUUAUGUUGUCUCCUUUUGUCCACCGAGAUUUUGCUCAAAAAACACGUCAAUUCCGUUGCCAACAUCAUCAGAAGACGACCUUGAUCAUGCAGUCUGCGGCCCACGCAACCGAACAGGCACAUUGUGUGGAGAAUGCUUGCCCGGCUUUGCAGUGACAGUAAACACAUUUACAUUUGAUUGUAUCAACUGUACGGAUGAAGAUAUAGGUAUAAACACCAUCAAGUACAUUGCUGCUGUGUACAUUCCAUUGACAGCCUUCUUCACAGCCAUUAUCUUCUUAAACAUACGACUUACUAGUGCUCCUGCAAAUGCAUUCAUUCUCUACAGCCAGGUAAUUGCCAGCACAUUUGAUUUAAGUGCAGAUGGACAGAUUCCAAUUUCUAAUAGCGCUUUGCGAGGCUACAAGGUAUCAUAUGGCAUUUUCAAUUUGCAGUUUGUUGAAAGGCUUAUUCCACCUCUUUGUUUAGGGCAAACAAUUGCGCUUGAUACUUUGAUGUUAGAUUAUUUAGUAGCUAUAUUUCCACUUAUUAUGAUUGGAGUUGUUCUGAUAUGUUUCAAGAUCAAGGAAUGUUGUCAAUUUCGGUGUGGAAAGAAGAUAUACCAGUCUCAAAGGAACAGACGCCAAAUGAUCAUGUGCAAAUCUCAAUGGAAUGUGAACAAGGCACUACUACCUGCAUUUGGUGCUUUCGUUUUACUCUCAUACAACAAGUUUAGCAUGACAUCAUCGUACAUUAUGAACACCAAAAGUCCUCUUAACGAAAACGGACACUCAGUUGGACUUUCUCACGUAUACUACGCAGGUAAUUUUAAUUACAAUGAUUCAUUGUAUCAGAAAAAAUAUUUUCUUCCAGCUUGUGCUUUCUUCUUAAUUUUUGUCGUCAUGCCUCCUUUGUUUCUACUUCAUUGGCCAAUGCGAAUUUUCGAGUGGUACCUCAGUAAGGUAAAUUGUGUGUGGAGACGAUACCCAUCUGAUAAAAUUCACAUUCUAUUGGAUAUAUUUCAAGGGUGCUACAAAAAUAACAUGAGAUUCUUUGCUGGUCUUUAUUUCUUAUUCCGUCUUUUCAUAAACAUAUCAUACAUGGUAACACCGACCUGGUCUAGUCAAUACCUGAUACAACAGAUAGCAUGUGCUAUAAUGGUCACUUUGAUUGCAGUAUGCCAGCCUUACAACGAGGAAAACAAGAUUUUCAACACAAUCGAUAUCCUUAUAUUCACAAACCUCGGAUUUCUAAACGCUCUGAGUUUUUAUCUCUAUUCUUUGACGCAGUUAAACCCAGAUGCAUUCACCCUUUGGCCUGGUGCUUUGAUUUGCCAAUACAUCCUUGUCUUUCUUCCAAUGGUUUAUAUGAUAACAUACGUUAUCUGGUAUUUGAUCAAGCCCUACAAGAAGCAAAUUAUUCUGAAGCUUGUACCCAUGCUUCUCAGGAGCCGAAGUAGCCCAUUGACGUACAUAGGGGCAGAUGGUACAACCAAGGUAACAAGAAUGUCUGUUUCCCAAGCCCAUACUAACAUUAAAGAGGAUGAAGCAUUGCUUAAGAGAGCAGAAGAAGAGAAUCGAUAUCGACCUCCUAGUGCCAGUCCAUUGUCGAGUGAGAAGAACUCAAAUUCCCGCUCAACAACUACUCCUAGCUAUGGUUCGACUAGAGAAACCACAAGAGUUAGUGAACCUACCUAUUAAUGCACAAGAGCAACAAGACAAGUAUUAAUUGAUUCGACUCCACUUUGAUUAGAGUAUAAUAUACUUAAUGCGUGCACAUUAUUUAAGCGAUAUUUUUGUUUAUUAACUCUAGGCACCUUACUCUAAACUGUACCACACACAAUUAGCUUCCACAAUUACCAGAGACUCAGUACUCUCCCCAUUGUCUCCUAUAAUUACGGUGUUUUGUGUGUAUAGCUAAGGCAUUACUGCAUAUUGUGCAAUUUUAUUAUUUACCCGAGGUGCGGCGCGGAGCCACAGGUUGUAGUAGUAGUUUGUCUGCAUGCAUGUCUGUCGUUCUGUGUAUUCUGAGUCAGCUCACCUAGAUGCGAUAGCGCUGUGUUUGUACCAUAAGAAAGCUGGAAUUGUAACAAAGUCCCUCCUGGCAUACCCAAUUUUAAUAAAAUUAUACUCUCAACAAUUCAUAGAAAAAUAUGCGAUGACGGGAGUGGCAGUGCACACAAGACAUAAAAUUAUACUCUCAAACAAAGCAUAUAGGUAGGUGGCAGCAGUGCACACAAACAGAUCGAGUAGAUAAACAAAAUUUAUGUUAGUAGUCAUAUUUUAUAACGGCUAGAUGACAUUGUCACCACAGAAUCUUGCAAUAUUUCCCUUCGGGUCCUCAGCAAUGUCAGCUCUAUGGAUAGCGGGAGACUUUAUAGGGAGCUGUCAACAAGUCCUCCAGUUGUGGACUGUUCUUCACUCCACAAGCAUG